CAGGGAAGGAAAAAGGACAUAGCAGCUCUGAAAGUCCCAUUUCCUUGAGGCAGGGCUCACCAACAUAAAAAGGCAGUUGGCUCAAAGGAUCACAUCAGACCCGAGUGACCAUACUAUCUGUGUUUGAGGUCCCACCACUGUUGAAGCAUGAGUUCUCACCAGCAGAAGCAGCCCUGCACCCUACCACCUCAGCUGCAGCAGCAACAAGUAAAGCAGCCUUGCCAGCCUCCACCUCAGAAUCCAUGUGUCUCUCCAAUCAAGGAGCCCUGCCACACCAAGCUUCCGGAGCCCUGUCAUCCCCAGGUGCCUGAGCCCUGCCAUCCUCAGGCACCAGAGCCUUGCCAUCCAACGGUUCCUGAACCUUGCCAACCACAGAUGCCUGAACCCUGCCAUCCCAAAGCACCUGAGCCAAGUCAAUCACAGGUUCCUGAGCCCUGCCACCCCAAGGUGCCUGAGCCCUGCCAACCACAGGUGCCUGAACCCUGCCAUCCCAAGGUGCCAGAGCCCUGCCAACCCCAGGUUCUUGAGCCAUGCCAGUCCAAGAUGCCUGAGCCCUGCCAACCACAGGUGCCUGAACCCUGCCAUCCCAAGGUGCCAGAGCCCUGCCAACCCCAGGUUCUUGAGCCAUGCCAGUCCAAGAUGCCUGAGCCCUGCCACCCCAAGGUGCCUGAGCCUUGUCAUCCUAAGGUUCCUGAACCCUGCCAGUCUAAGAUGCCUGAGCCCUGCCAGUCCAAAGUGCCUGAGCCCUGCCACCCCAAGGUGUCUGAGCCUUGUCAUCCUAAGGUUCCUGAACCCUGCCAGUCUAAGAUGCCUGAGCCCUGCCAGUCCAAAGUGCCUGAGCCCUGCCACCCCAAGGUGCCUGAGCCCUGCCACUCCAAGGUGCCUGACCCUUGUAAUCCUAAGGUCCCUGAGCCAUGCCAGUCCAAGAUGCCUGAGCCCUGCCACCCCAAGGUGCCUGAACCCUGCCACUCCAAGGUGCCUGACCCUUGUAAUCCUAAGGUCCCUGAGCCCUGCCACCCCAAGAUGCCUGAGCCUUGUCAUCCUAAGGUUCCUGGGCCCUGCCAGUCCAAGAUGCCUGAACCCUGCCAGUCCAAGGUGCCUGAACCCUGCCACCCCAAGUUGCCUGAGCCCUGACAACCUCAUGUGUCUGAGCCUUGCCACCCCAAGGUGCCCGAACCUUUCCAUCCCAAAGUGCCUCAGCCCAGUCAUCCCAAUGUUCCAGAGUCCUGAACUUUAACUGUCACUUCAGUACCAGCUCAGCAGAAGACAACACAGAAGUAAUGUGAUCCACAGCCAGGCCCUUGAGGAUCAGAUAACUGGAUGCUGAAACCCCUUUCCCACUCUGCUUAUGGAUCCCAAUUGCCUCACAAAAGCAUGCUGUCACCUUGAUUCACAGUCUCUCUCUCAUUUACUAUCCUAAAAGUAUGUGCUAUGAAGUUUUCCUUCCUACACUCCUGAGCCUCUAAAUUAGGCUGAGAAACUUGGUACCUGAGCUGGUUCUCAUCUGCUCAAAAUCUGUCUUAAGGUGAAAACAAGUGAUUCAAUUUUGUUUUGCUCCAUUAAAUUCACUCCAUUCCA